AACCCAUUGCGGAGGUUGGCUGACCUGUGCCUCUGAACUCUCAAGGAGAUGGAAAACAACUUGAUCAGGUCCGGGGAUUAUUCUGGCCUAUAGAGCCACCUCCUGCUCGGUUACGAGACGUAGCUUUUUACUCCAAGGCGAUAUGAAGGUUGGUGGGUUUCCGGCCGGAGGCCAUUAAAUGGGUCACCGGAAGGCGGAAGUUCUACGGCGGAAGUGGCCGAGAGACGUGAAUAAUGGCGGCGGAAGACUGGUUUGGGCGCUGGGGCUGGGGCCGGCGGUGCCUGGGGAAGCCUGGGCUUCCCGGCCCCGGCCCUGGCCCCAUUACAUCUCUACUUCUUGUUCUUAUUCUGUUUCUGGGCCCGGUGGCUUCAGAUAUAACUGAUGGCAACAGUGAACACCUCAAGCGCGAGCAUUCGCUCAUCAAACCCUACCAAGGAGUUGGUUCCAGCUCCAUGCCCCUCUGGGACUUCCAAGGUAGCACUAUGCUCACGAGCCAGUACGUGCGUCUGACCCCUGACGAACGCAGCAAAGAGGGUUCUAUUUGGAAUCACCAGCCCUGCUUCCUCAAGGACUGGGAGAUGCAUGUCCACUUCAAGGUCCACGGCGCGGGGAAGAAGAAUCUUCAUGGGGAUGGCAUCGCCUUGUGGUACACCCGGGAUCGCCUUGUGCCAGGGCCUGUGUUUGGAAGCAAAGACAAUUUCCAUGGCUUAGCCAUCUUCUUGGACACAUAUCCCAACGACGAGACCACCGAGCGUGUGUUCCCGUACAUCUCGGUGAUGGUGAACAAUGGCUCCCUGUCCUACGACCACAGCAAGGAUGGGCGCUGGACAGAGCUGGCGGGCUGCACAGCUGACUUCCGCAACCGGGAUCACGACACCUUCCUGGCUGUGCGAUACUCUCGGGGCCGCCUGACGGUGAUGACUGACCUGGAGGACAGGAACGAGUGGAAGAACUGCAUUGAUCUUACUGGGGUGCGGCUGCCCACCGGCUACUACUUCGGAGCCUCGGCUGGCACUGGCGACCUGUCUGAUAAUCACGAUAUCAUCUCCAUGAAGCUGUUCCAGCUGAUGGUGGAGCACACCCCUGACGAGGAGAACAUCGACUGGACCAAGAUCGAGCCCAGUGUCAAUUUCCUCAAGUCUCCCAAAGACAACGUGGAUGACCCCACAGGGAACUACCGAGGCGGGCCUCUGACAGGGUGGAAGGUGUUCCUGUUGCUGUUGUGUGCGCUGCUGGGCAUCAUCGUCUGUGCUGUGGUGGGGGCCGUGGUGUUUCAGAAGCGACAGGAGCGGAACAAGCGUUUCUACUGAACAAGCGUGGAGGACACUCAGCUGGGGCCAGGCCUGGCCUUGGGCUUCAGGCACUAAUGUGAACUUUUUGUACUUGGAUUGUACAAGAAAAACAAGACCACCUUAUUUCUUAACUGUUUCAAAGAAAUAAUUAAAGUAUUUUC